CUGCGUUACGGCAUCAUGCAAGUCUUGAAUUCAAUUUCUCUUCUACAAGAUGGAAAGUUGCCAAUUCCCAAACUUGAAGAUAGUGUUAGAAGAUACCUGAACGCCCAGAAGCCUCUCUUAGAUGAUGACCAAUUCAGGAAAACGGAAGAAAUCGCUCGCCGCUUUGAAAGUGGAAUUGGAAGAGAACUGCAUAAGCAGCUAGUUGCCCAAGACAAGCAGAACAAACACACUAGUUACAUCUCAGGUCCUUGGUUUGAUAUGUAUCUAAGGGCACGUGAGUCUGUAGUUUUGAAUUUUAAUCCAUUUAUGGCUUUCAAUCCUGACCCCAAAGCUGAAUAUAAUGACCAGCUGACACGAGCUACUAACAUGACUGUUUCUGCCCUCCGUUUCUUGAAGACCCUCAGGGCUGGCUACCUAGAGCCAGAGGUUUUUCACCUCAAUCCGGCCAAAAGCGACACGGAGACAUUUAAAAAGCUCAUUCGAUUUGUGCCAUCAUCUCUUUCCUGGUAUGGUGCCUACAUGGUCAAUGCUUAUCCCCUAGAUAUGUCUCAGUAUUUCAGGCUUUUCAAUUCCACACGGCUGCCGAAGUUCAAUAGAGAUGAGCUUUUCACAGAUGAAAAGGCAAAGCACUUACUUGUGCUCAGAAAUGGGAAUUUUUAUGUUUUCAAUGUCAUUGAUGGAGAUGGGAACAUUGUGAAACCUUCAGAAAUCCAAGCACACCUAAAAUACAUUCUUUCUGAUAGCAGUCCAGCCGCAGCCUUCCCUCUUAGUUAUCUAACCAGUGAAAACAGAGAUGUGUGGACAGUACUGAGGCAGAAGCUACUUGAUAAUGGCAAUGAAGAAGCCCUUUACAAAGUGGACUCUGCUGUCUUCUGUCUGUGUCUGGAUGAUUUCCCUAUUAAAGACCUUGAGCACUUGUCCCAUGUCAUGUUGCAUGGAGAUGGUACUAAUCGCUGGUAUGACAAAUCCUUCAACCUUAUUAUAACCAAAGAUGGCACUGCAGCCAUUCAUUUUGAGCACUCUUGGGGAGACGGAGUGGCUGUGGUGAGAUUCCAGAACGAGGUGUUUAAAGACAGCACCCAAACACCCGCUGUUAGUCCACAGUCUCAACCUGCUGCUGUUGACUCUUCCAGAGCUGUGCAGAAACUUGACUUUAAUCUGAAUGAUGCCUUAAAAACAGGAAUUGCCAAAGCCAAAGAACAGUUUGAUGCUGCUGUGAAAAGUCUGACUCUUAACAGUAUUCAUUUUGAGAAAGGAGGCAAGGAGUUUUUAAAGCAAAAGAAGUUAAGUCCUGAUGCUGUGGCUCAGCUCUCCUUCCAGAUGGCUUUCCUCCGGCAGAAUGGGCAGACAGUCGCCACAUACGAGUCUUGUAGCACUGCAGCUUUCAAACAUGGUCGCACGGAGACCAUCCGUCCUGCCACCAUCUACACAAAGAAGUGUUCAGAUGCUUUCCUCAGGGAACCUUCCAAAUACAGCAUAGAAGAGCUUCAACAGAUGAUCAUGGAGUGCUCCAAGUACCACAGCCAGUUGACAAAAGAAGCUGCUAUGGGUCAAGGAUUUGACCGGCACCUGUUUAGCUUGCGCUAUUUGGCAGUGUCCAAAGGCAUGCCAUUGCCUGACUUCUACCAGGACCAAGCUUAUGCUCAGCUGAACCACAACAUUCUCUCUACAAGCACAUUGACCAGCCCUGCUGUGAAUUUCGGAGGAUUUGCGCCCGUGGUGCCUAAUGGCUUUGGUAUAGGAUAUGGAGUACAUGAUAACUGGAUUGGUUGCAAUGUUUCUGCUUACCCAGCCAGGAAUGUGAAAGAAUUCCUCCAGUGUGUGUAUCAGUCACUAGAGGAUAUUUUCUGUGUUUUGGAAGGCAAGCAUAUCAGUAAAUAGAUGUUACAAGGCUGAGCCACCUUUAACAUACUGUAUGAAAUGCUGGUCACUUCUGAUCAUGUGUGUUUGAAAAUUCCAGCCACAGCAUUUAGUUUUUACUGACUAUAUUCAAAGGAGCAAAUUAUGCAUCUAAUUUACACUGAAUUUCAGCUCCCUUAGAAUUACCUUGAAAAUCAUAGCCAUGAUAAGGAAAUCAAAUGCAGACUCCUGAAUAUGAGAUUCAGGAAAUACUAAUUCUUCAUAGUACCAGAAUCAAGUAAUUACGUACAGCGUGGACUUAAACAUAAAGCAUUAAACAUUUGUUUCUAGUCAAAAAUUUAAAUAUUUAUAUUGAUGCAUUUGAGCAUGUGUUCAUACCUCCAGUGACAUGACAUCACUUUUGAGCUGUAUUAACUAAUUUUAAAACCAGCAUACUAAAUUUAAAGGUAUAGUAAAGUUUGCACAGGUGCAGCAGGCUCCUUACUACUUCAUUUUCCUUGAUAUACUUGAAACCGAACAUCAGAUUAAUGGUGCCUUCCUUGUUGGAAAAAUGGAAUGUAAGAGAACUUUACUCUUUGUUUUCCCCCAAACAAUACCUUGCCCUGCAAUCAAAUGUUUUAUAACUGUUAAACCGAAUGGAAACUUUGUAUCCCAAUAAAGCUACCUAAUGAAGA